AUGGCCGUUGAGGGCCCGGAAAAGCCAUGCACCAUCGUGCUCCACGAUGACCGCGUAUCUGCCGUCGACAUUCUGGCCGGCCCACGCGUGAUGCACGUGGGCGAAGUUGCCUGGCUCUCGGCUUCAGCUGCCCGAACUCUGUGUAUCUGCCCUUCUGGUGUGGCCGCCACGUCAACCGAAAUUUCCAUCCAUGUCUCCUUGGCCUCGAAGUUCGGAUUCGAAAACAGGACUCCGGGCCGCAUUCGCAUGAUAGAGGAUCCCGAAGCUGCCACAGCGACGCACGUGGAGCUCUUGUUUCGGGAGCAGUAUCUGAACAGUGCCGACAUGUGGCAGCUGAUGAAACGCGUUCAACACACGGUCGUCUACAAAGGCCAAGUCAUGAAAUACCUUGGCAGCAUCACAGCCGAAGUGAGGAGCGUCUGGAUCGCAGGCAAAGAGCUCGACUCAGCAUUCUGUUCGCAUCCUGAGACCAAGGCGAUUUUCAGGAGUGCAAGCGCGAGGUUCACAUUGCUGAUCGAAGUGUCGCGGGAAAUGCUCGAGGGCUGGAGUCAAGGAGAGCUCAUGUACGAAAGGCUAAUCUAUGGCUUUUUGUGGGACCUCUUCCAUCGAUGGGAACGCGCCAAGGUGAAACACCAUGUCUCUGUGGUCUUGUUCGGACGCUCGCUAGUUGCUCCAGGCGAGCAGAAACGAAUGUCCGCAAGUGAAAAGCAGAAUGACGAUUUCUUCUACGUGCUGGCAUCCGAGCUGCCGAGCUCUUCCUGGGCAGAGAUCGUGAAGAAACUCAAGGAAGCUUUCAACGAUCUGACUUUGUCGCGUGCCGUCUCUCUUGCCUCGGCAAGUAAUAUGCUGGAGGCCAUACAUUUGACAGCAAUGGACUAUGCGGACUUCUAUACAGACGCGCACGUGAUGAGCACCGGUACUUCAAUCGUUGCCGUCACUGCGGGCACUGGCUUGUUCGAUGCCAACCAUGAGCUGUUGAAGCAGACCACGGACCUUUUGGUAGGCAAUAGCAUUGGCGUGGACAUAGUGGCUCUGUCUCCGAAGCCACUGCAUCCAGUGCCUCUUUUCAAGUACGACCACGAAGGAGUCGUCGAGUACGCUUUACCACACUGGGUGGACAUCUCCUUCUGGAGAAGCCCUAAUGAUGAACCCCAGUCUACAUGGACACUGCCAGACACAGAAGAGCCUGUGCAUGACAUCGCUUUGCCUCCUAUGCAAGACUCUGGCUUCACCGAGGUCGACGUAAGCAUGAUGGACUUCUACGACAAUCAAGUAUUCAGUGAUGAGCCGAUGAAGAGACUCACAACUCGUGCAUCCAGAUCAUCGCCGCCUACCGACCCUGUCGGCUCCGCUGAAACAGUCAAGAUGAGGCUCUCCACAAGCCGAGAUACCCAGAAGAGUCGAUCGAAUCCGACCACGGAUCCGGUCAACAUACCGACAGGUGAAGCAUCGCCCGUGCCGAGCAAAGAACCGUUGAGCAGAGCGAAGCGACAACGGUUGCCGGCUCAUCCCUUGAUGCAAACCGGCGGACGAAAGAUUAGCGUCGGUCCCAAGGGCCUGGCGAUCAGUCGUGGUGCAGCAAGUACCACUGUGUCUGCCGAACAUGCUCAGCAAGAGAAGGACCUUACAUUUGGCACAUCGGUUGCUUCACACAACAGCUCAGGCGGUCUAGCAAAGGCCAUCCGUGCGUCCCUAGCACGAAAGCCGUCGCUGCAAAGCCUUAAAUCGCAACGCAUCAGUGAGCCUGACGAAGGUCAGACAUCAAGGCCGAUCAAUAUACAGAGCCACCAAUCUGGUCAUGAUGACAACAGCGACCUAGCUAGCAUCAUCGAGCAAGGUAUCGAGGACACGUUGGUGAGCAAAACAUUGCAGAAUGAUACAUCCCUCUCUGCAACGCCCAAAGCCGGAGCUAACUUUGGGAGUCGGCCAAAACGUGACUCUACUCAUGAAAGUUUGAAUAUGAUGUCCCCAUGGGUGAUGUUGUUGAACCCCUGUAACCCGACAAGAGACAACAUGAGAGUCGCCAGCCAAUACCGCAAGUGGCAACAUGUGUUCCCUCGUGCUGUAAGCACUGGAACAUUCAAAUGGUCGGGAAUGUGUACGCCGGCAGAGCUCCCACUUACAGCAGAAUACAAGCCGUCGGGCACAGAGCUUGAAGUAUACUAUCGCAAGAAGGUGAAGCUACACAACAUAUCCAGCUCUUCGGGUCUGCGCGAAGAGUCUGCGAACAUUCUGGUGGAAAGGCUCAUUGACGUUCGCCUUGUACGUGGCUUCCAGAUCGUGGCCAUCCGGAACGCAUCUCAAGAGCAGACGGAGCACAAGGAGCAACCAGUGCUACUUUCUCUUGGACGGCACUACCAUCAGAUACAGCGAUUCUCCGACUUUCAGGUUCAAAUAGUGCAGUAUGAACCAAAGGCGGGGGUUGGAAGUGAAGACAAGGAGACCCAACACUACCUGACUUCUUACGAGCCAAAGAUGCGGCUCUCGACGGGGGCAGUCGUGCGACCUGAGGUCACGUACCAUUCUGAGGCUCCAAUAGCUGAUUGGACCCCCUUGGACGAACACAUAUUGGGACUUGCUCCUAUGCCUGACAUUAAUGCCAAGUUCAGGGUCAGGCUGAUUCUCAUUCCAGUCGAAAUCCACAGAGGAGACAACAUCAGCCGUCUUGGAGGGCUCUCUGAUGAGGAGAGGCGCAUCGAAGGCAUUCAACGCCUGACGCAGGCAUGGCAGCGCCAAAGAUAUUUUUCGUCGGAGGACCAGGCUCACCAGAUAUCAGUGAAGAAAGCUGCGUCAACGCCGUAUACAGCGAUGAGAGAUCCCAAUCCACUCGCGAUUGAGUAUCAGACCAGAGAUCCCAGCGUCGUGGUAAAUGCACACGGUCCGGCUUUGCUCAGCCAAUUGGAGGAGGGAGAGUUCACCACGCCAUUGUUCUCGGACGCAGAGAAGCAUCACAGCAGCAACUUUGACAUGAGUAAGCUCGUCAGGCAAAUGCAAGAGCCACCACCCCACGGCGUCGAGGUUCGUGAUCGAAGGUGGCUCACGCUCACACAUCUCAAGUGCUUCCGAGGAGAUGAAAUGACAACGUGGCUACUUGGUGCCUUCAAAGACUUGGAACUGCGCCAAGAUGCCGUAGCUGUCGGCAAUGAGCUGAUGAGAAGAGGCGUGUUCUCGCACGUUCGACAAAAGCACAAGUUUCGUGACGGGCACUACUUCUACCAGAUCAGCAGCGCUUACAGGACAAGCGAAUAUCCGGAUACCCAAGGCCUGUUUAGCAAGGCAACGUGGCGAUCCAUACCGCCUACUCCCAUCGCAGAGUCUAUAAAGUCUCCAGUAGUGCGACCAGUGAGCGGUAUCAGCACUGGCCAUUCUAGCUCUUCUUCCGAAAUAGGCACGCCAGGCCUGCAUCCAGUGGAGCAGAAGCAGAUCCUGCUCAGCCAAGCCAUGCAAUUCAACGUUGACCCGCAAAGAAAGUCAAGCCAUCUGCAGAUCCUUCAACUGCAUUACGAUCGCAUCCAUAACCCAGAGAAUUGCUACCACAUUCACCUGGAGUGGCUAGGAACGUCGCCCAAAUUCAUUCGCGAAGCACUCACAAGGUGGUCCAGUCUUGUCGAGGGGUAUGGGCUGCGACUCAUCCAAGUGCCGCUCGAGGAAGCAAGCAAAUACCGUGAACACCAUCCAUUCGACCAACCACAGUCGAUCAAUUUAGUCGUCAGCCCUCCAGACAAAGUGUUGGCAACUCCCCUUCUGGAGCCUCACACCUUUUCGCCCCGCAUGAUCGAGGAUCGGUUGGCCUACCAUAAGCGCAUUCUGAAGAAGAUGGAUUUUGUACUUGACUACGAAUCAGCCAACGCUUUCACAACAUCACUCGAUGUGAUGUAUUCUUUCGGGCCUCCUACGUACAGUCAUACGCAGUUCGUCCACAAGUCAGGCCUCGUCCUGGCUCAGAUCAUUGCGAAUGACGUGGUUGGCGAAGCGUGCGAUUUUCUGCUGCUUCCAAAUCGCCUUGCAGCAAGCAAGCUCUCCACGUCCUCAAAGCAUACCGAUCCGGAAUCUCCUGAGAACGUAAUCAAGGCCUUCAAGACUUUCUGCCGCGACGAAGAGGCAUUGCGACAUUUCUACGCCGAAGUCGACAACCGCAAACCACCAGGUGCUCCGAGCCCGCUCAGCAAUGCUUUCACCUUGGAUUCUGAUGUGCCAUCAUUAUCGCUUCCGCCGCAUUUGUCGCUAAGAACGCAGCUGAGAGGGCUGUAA